AUGUCAGAUAAAGCUUAGAAAUACAUUAAAGCAGCAUCAGAGCUUUUAAAAAAAUAAGAUUACUAAAAUGCUCUACUAGAAUUAGAUGUUGGAAAAACAUUUGCAAGUAAUAACCAUAUGAUAUAUUUAUUGAUGAGUUCUUGCUAUCUUAAGCUUAACUAAAUUGAUAAAAUGUACGAUAUAAUUUAGGAAGGUUUAAGUAUCUGUUAGGAAAAAGACAAACAUGUGUUUUUAGCCGCACUUAAUAAAUAUUAUGAAAAAAAAGGGAUGAUUAGAGAAAAUGUAGACGUUUUAAGUUAACUUUGCAAAUAGCAAUUGAAGGGUGAUUUAUAAAAAUUAGAUUAACUUGUUUCUGAUUUCGCCAAAAAUUAACUUUAAUGGAUGUCUGAUUCAUAGUUUAUAGAAUAAAUAAACAGCAGGGAAUCGAUGAAUGAAGAGAGAAACAGAGUCUACUCGGUAGCUAUAGAUAGCAUAGCAACUAAAAAGCUUUCUCCACAAACUCUGGAACUUCUCUUCUUCUUAUUUUCAAAUAUUCUUAUCAAAGCAGGUGAACAAGAAAAGGAAAUAAAAGAAGUUGUUUCAUAGUUCAAAUAGAUAGUCAAUUAAUAUCCUACUGAUCUAAACGGUACAAUCUUAGAAGAGUCUAUAUUUUAACUAGUUAAUUGGUUGCUGAAAAACAAUUAUGUACAAGAAAAGAAUAUAAUUAUUUAUGAAAUUAUUGCUCACUUUAAAAAUUCUACACUUGCAUUAUUCUACUAGCUCAAGUUCUUUUCUACAAACCAAGGCUAUGUUAAGAAAUAUAUGCCUAGAUUUUUGCAAUAAGUUUAUGAAACUAUAGUUUAUCUUUACUAUCCUGAGCAAACUCUCCCUGAUUUUGAUGAAGUGAAUUCCUAAUACAAAGUGUAUUUAGGAGAGAAAGCCCCUAAAGAAGAGGAAUCUCUAAUAAAUUUAGUGUUUUAGUUGUACGAUAAUUCAUAAAAAAAACUCAUUUGUGAGGAAUUUAGAAUCAGAGCAGAAAUUUUCUUAUUAUAUUCUUCCAAGUUUAUAAACUAAACAUAUUUUAAGGCCAGCACUUUGUAGAAUUUGAAUAUUUUUGAAAAAAGAUUGGAUUUCUUUGUUGAAAUUUAUACAAAAUUACAAGAAAAUGCAGAUGCUAACACUGAAAUAGAUGACACUAUAUUUUGCAACCCUCUCUUUGAAGCAUACAUCCUAGCCAACUAUAAAGCCAUGAAAUCAGCUGGCAGAAAGAGUUUAUUAUUUUAAUUCAAAAAAACUAUUGAUAGAUUAGAGCAACAACAAGAAAAUGUUUCAUAUUUGAAAGAGAUUUACAAUAGAUGGGGUCUAAAGAUUAUUGAUGAUUAAGAUGAACUAGUUAUGAUUAAAAAUAAUUUGAAAUACUUAAUUUAAGUCAAAAAAGACGAUAUAUUAAAUCUGAAAGUUUACUAUGAAUAUUGCAUUAAGCUUAACAAAUUAUAUAGAAUUUAUGACGGUAGUAUAAAUUUACAGCAAAUAAUUGAGCAAAUUAUUAAGUAAGAACCUGAUAAUGUCUACUUUAAAGCAGAAAAAUGGUGGGUUGACUUCUCUAAUUCGACAAAUAAAAAAGAAUAUUAUGUCUAAAACAUUUCAAGUCUUUAAAACUUGAAGGAAUCAGCUGUUUUGUAAAACCAAAAAGACGUAGCAUCUAAUCUCCAAAAGAGAAUUUCUAUAUUGAAUUAUUUAUUUACUAGUUAAAGUGAUGAGGAAACAGUAAAAUAACUUGAGGAAGCUCAAAAGCUUGAUUCUAAUGAUUAUCAAAACUAUGUAGUUUUAGGUGUUGUGUAUUAUUUUAAUGGAAAUAUUAAAGAAGCCCUAAUUUAAUUCCAAAAUGCCUUCUUGUAUCGCUAAUAUGACCUCUUUUUAAAUAAGAUGCUCUUCUUUUGUCUGCACAAACUAGGACAAAAGCAAGAAGCUAUCGAUUUCCUAUUUCGUAUCUACCCUGCCUUUAAACAAAUAUUCUGGAUUAACAGAAUACUUGGUGUUUACUUUUCUAAUAUAGGUGAUUAUAAGAGAGCAACAUCAUACUGUCAAAAAGCACUUGAAUUGUAUACAUUUGAUAAAGAAAGAAACUAUCGUUUACAUUAUGAAAAGUUAUCAGCUUUAGCCCCAGAAAAAAAUGUUGAUAUCCCUCAUAUGAUUGAUUACAAUGAAUUAAUUUAUUUCGAUGAUUACAUAAUUUUUAAUGACAAAAUUUAUGCAAAAGAAGCUGUAAAUUUAUCAAACAAUUUAAUCAUAGAUCCUUAACACAGACUCCACAUCAAGCUUUGUAUUUCUCUUGCCUAAGCAGAUAAAAUGCAAGGUAAGACAUGCUCAUCACUUUCAGCUAUUGAGGAGGCAGAAAAAGUGUAUCUUUUAGCAAGUAACACUUCAGAGCAUAAAUAAAAAGAAGAAAUUAAUGUUGAUGAAGAUGAUAAAUCUUUGAAGAGUGAGCUAUCUAAAGAAGUCUAUCAUACAUUAAGUGUGUUCUCAAGCGUAUUUUUGGUUAGCAAGCAUGGUGAUUAAAUAAUAAAAGAAUAUAACUUGAAUGACUCUGUAAGAAAUUUUGUUGAUGCCCUUACCAUUAACUUCGAAUUUGCAUAAAUUACUUCCUAUCUUCAAGACAAUCACAAAACAUAUUAAAGAAUAAGAGUUUUCUUAGUAAUUUGCUAUAAAGUGCUUGAAAAAAUAUAUGGUUAAGAACAAUUCAAAGAUCUAGAAAAGACAAUUUUUAGUAUUUAUGAAUAAAUGACUGGUUUUAUUCUUGAAAUGAGCUUGAAUUUUGUUUAAUUCCACUGGAAAAAAUACACACUGUCAUCUGCUUAAUAUUUGAUAGAAAAAGUUUUAUAAAUUAAAGCUCCUACCAGAAGAAGCAUUCUUGUAAAUGUUGCUUUCAGUGAAUUUUAUACACUUUCUGGCUUUAUCAACAAAAACUAAGAUUUAAUAAAGAAUUCUAUUGUUUAUUUGAAAGAAAUAUUAUAGAGUCUAUCUAUUGACUUUGAAUCUGACAUCAUAAACAAUAUAAAUGCAUAAAAAAUAAAUAGUCUUUAAGCCAAUCAAAGUUCACUAUUUAAAUACACUCUUAAGAAUAUUUGCUUAAGCUACUUUUAUUUAUAUAAAAUUAAUAACGAGAAUAGCGAAGCAUAUUAAAUUUCUCUGAAAUUAUGCACAGCUGGUAUUCUUAUUUUCAAUCUCGAUAUAGACUUCUAUAACUAUUAUGGUCUUAUUGAAGCAAAUGAAGAAAUUAAAAUAGGUGCAUUUAUAAAAUCUAACAGAAUUCAAAAGAACUCCUUGGCUUUAGACAGCUUGGCCUUCAUUUACUUAAAGAAGGGAAGGUACGAGGAAGCUGCUAAUAUGCUCUUAAAAUCAAUUGAAGUUAAUACUAAUAAUCCAACUGCUUACAUAGGUUUGUUUAUUAUCUAAUACAAUAUGGCUUUAGCUUUUAACACAAUCGUUUAAACUGGUAAUGAUGAUUCAACCCAUUAAUAUGCUAUGCUUCAAAAGCAAAUGAUAGAAAAAUGCAGCUCUUAUUUACAUUUUGUAAAGUAAAUAGAAAUCAGUGCUAGCUCAGUCUUGUUUGAUGGUUUACUAGAAUUUUUAAAUUAUCAUAAUGAAAGAUCUCAUAUUUCUUAUCAGUUUUCAACUGAUUUGUUUGAUAGAGCACCAUAUUUAGUUCAUACUUAACUCGGAUAGCUUUACAGUAUCAUGAUCUUAAAGCAGUCAUCUACAAGAGAAAAGAAAUUAGAAAUAUUUAACUAAAUUAGUGAUACUAUCCCCACCUAAAAUUUAAGCAAACUAUUUAUUAGUAAAUCAGCAGAGUUAAAUGAUGGCUUCAUGUAACUAGUUCAAAAUAGAAUCUUAUAAGAAAUGGACAGCAUAAAACUUUCCACAAAUAAAUGUGAUCAGUUAGAUUCACAGCAAUUCGUUAUUGUUUGCAGAGAAUUCGAUUAUCUUGUUAAAAACUUAAAGUUAUACCUCUCUCUUGCUCUAUACACUCAAUAAUAUGAAAAGGGAUUAGAUUUCUUCUAUAAAUAAGCUAAAAAUAUUUAAUAAAUUCAAAAUAUCUCCACCUUACUACAAAUGCAGUCUCAUUAUUUUGAUUUAACACCAAUUUAUAUUUAAAUGACAGAGAUCGAAUACCAUUUGGUGCAAAACAGUAAACCUGAAGAAAUAGAUUUAGUCAUUAAGAGAUUGGCAAACUUGAAAAAUGUUAAGAAUAGUAAAAAGAACAUUCAGGAGUGGCCCUACUCAGAGAAUUUUACAAAUAAAAUAGAAUAAGUCUCUGAAUACAAACACUUGCAAGGUAUCCAUAGCUACAAGAGAAAGGACUAUCAGAAAUCUAAAAAGCAAUUUUAUCAAGCUUUGCUUAUGGAUCCUUCUGUAAAGGAAUACAGAAGUUCUUAUAUUGAAUAUCUAAUUACUUAACAGAGAUUCCCAAUGCUUAAUCCAUAUAAUAAUAGCAACAUUUAAGAGCAAAGCUUAAUAAUUUAAUUAAAUAAUCCCAACUUCAGUCUUAAAAAAAAAAUUUCUCAUAUUACAAAGGCUGCAAUUUACCUUGAUAAACCUUAUCUCUAUUAUUUAUUAGUACAUUUCUAGUUCGAAGAAUCAUCUAAUUACACACCUUCUCGCUUAAUAAAAUUAUUAUUGCUGUUGAAAACUAAAGUAUUAAAUGAAAAAUAUGAUCCUGAAGGAGUUUGCAAGAAGAAAGGCAUAAAAUUAUUUAUGGAAAUUUACAUAGCUUUGGAAAAAAUGAAUUCAAACGAUACCGAAAUAAAAGCAUAGCAAGAAUAAUUCAAAUAAUUUGUUUAAGAAGUAUGUGAAGCUAAUUCUAGAUUCUAAGAAUACAUAGAAAUUCUGAACGUAUUCUAUAAAGAUUUAAGUUCUAACGAGUUUGUUUAUGAUUUAUAAGCAAUACUUGAAAAAGACAGAGUUUCUGCUUACAUUUUAGCCUUCAAUAUCAUAAGAAGACUCAUUAAAGAAUAAAAAACUAAUGGUAUGAUAUAAUUGCUAAGUGCAUUAAGCCAGUGCAUCUUCACUUCUGUUUAAGAAGGAUUAAUUUCUUAAGAAGUCUAAAAGAGCAACAAAGGAAAAAUCUUAAUGAAUAUGUUAUAACACAUUGAUGGUUACCAAUAUAUCAUGGCAUUACAAGAAGAUUACCGCGAAGAUACUCUGUACGAGAAAGAAGACAUCCAAGAAAUGAUUCAUAAUGCUGCAUCUUAUUGUUAUGAAAAUUACCCUGCAUCUAUUAGCAUGAAGUUCUUGUAUAUGUAACAUUUAUACAGAUAAGAAAACAUGGAAGACUUAAAUAAAUUGUUAUCUUUCAUGAAUUCUACUCAAUUUACAUCUAAAGACGACGAUUUAAUUACAAUAUUCUUCUACACUUUAUAUUACUACUAUAAGAGUUGCAAAGACUCUCAAGAAGAAAACAUUUAUAGAUUUGUAGAAUACGUGACAUUGAUUUAAGAUUAAUACAAAUAAGUAUUAUCUUCAGAUUUAAAUACCUUGCUUCAUUUCCUUUAAGGUGUCAUUUAUCUUAAAAUUUACGAAAGAAGACCUGAUUUAGAUAAGAAGACAAUUAUUAAAGAGUUCAAACAAGCAAUUUUAUACAGUCCAUAAUUUGCACAGACUAUUCUUAAUUUUAUACAAUAGUGA